AUGUCCGCAGCUUCCUCUUCUGCACCUGCUGGGGCUCUUCAAAACACCCCACGCUUGGCCGGCGACGAGAAAAUCAGCACCGCAGAGCAUAUAGACCAAGAAGAUGUGCCGCCGUUGAUUCGGGACCUGUCGCCGGAAGAGCGUGCUCGUUUGGAAGCACGCUUGAGAAGAAAAAUUGACCUACGACUUUUGCCAAUGAUCAUCAUCAUGUACAUCAUGAAUUAUAUUGACAGAAACAAUAUAGCGGCGGCACGAUUGGCCGGUUUGGAGGAGGAUCUGAGUCUGCAUGGAAAUCAGUAUUUGACAUCCGUCAGCAUUCUGUUCGUUGGUUAUCUCCUCAUGCAAGUUCCUUCCAAUCUUUUUCUCAACAAGAUUGGCUUGCCAGCAGUCUAUUUGCCCGCUUGUAUGAUCGUCUGGGGGAUCAUAUCUGGCGCAACAGCUGGCGUACAAUCUUUCGCUGGCCUUGUAGUAUGCCGAUUUUUCCUCGGUUUCGUCGAAGCUGCCUACUUUCCUGGAUGUUUAUUUUACCUCUCUUCAUGGUAUACUCGGAAGGAACUCGGACUACGUACAGCAGUCCUCUACUCGGGAGCCCUCAUAUCUGGUGCCUUCAGUGGCCUUAUUGCGGCCGGAAUUAAAGGCAACAUGGAUGGUGAUCGUGGACUUCGCGCCUGGAGAUGGCUUUUCAUCAUCGAAGGUUCUGCGACUGUAGUCAUCGCCGCGACAGCAUUCUUCAUUAUCCCCAACUUUCCACGCACUACAAGUUGGCUCAGUGAGCUGGAGCGCGAACUGGCAGUCUGGAGACUUCAAGAGGACGUGGGCACAGACGACUGGACUGGCGCCAAGGAGCAGAGCCUCUUCAACGGAUUUAAGCUUGCUUGUGAGGAUAUCAAGAUGUGGAUCCUUAUGCUGAUGCUGUUCGGCAUCGUGAGCGCAGGGAGCGUCACUACGUUCUUCCCUAGUGUCGUUGAAACACUGGGUUAUAACUCCGUAAAUACGCUCCUCUUAACAGCACCACCAUACGUACUCGCAGUGAUCACGACCUUCAUCAACGCCUGGCACGCCGACCGCACCGGCGAACGCUACUUCCACGUCGUGCUACCCAUCUUCCUAGGCAUUGCAUCGUUUAUUCUGGCCGUGGCAACAACGGCGACGGCACCGCGCUACGUCGCCAUGAUGCUCAUGGUCUCUGGUGUCUACACAGGCUACGUCGUCGUGUUGGCCUGGAUAUCGAACACGAUCCCCCGUCCAUCGGCUAAACGCGCCGCCAGUAUUGCCUUCAUUAACGCCGUUAGCAACUGUUCCAGCAUUUACACCAGCUACCUGUAUGAUGAUGAACCACGAUAUGCGAAGGCCUUCUCAGUCGACUGCGCCAUGCUUGUCCUCGCAGCCAUCAUGGCCACGCUUCUGCGCGUCAUUCUGGUGCGUCUGAACAGAAAACUUGACCGAGGAGAGCAUGUUGAGGGGGCCAUCAACGCGGGCCAGGGCGUGCCGGGCGAGGCGGCGGAGAGAGGUUUCCGGUUCCUGGUUUAAGUUUAUGGUUGUAUGAAGGUCGCAGGUGUUUUUAUUGAUGGCAUUGUCUCAGCGCUUCUUCUAGAUGCUAACGUCCCUGAGCAGCUGUUUGACUGUCGUUGCCAUUUCAAUACACCACCAAACCCGAGAAUAAAUUUUACUGUUGGCCGGGUUACGAAUAUCCAACUUCUCCUGGAAAAGUUGCCCAAAACUCCUGCGUUGCGUUCAUAAACAUGGCGUCAAGUUCAGCAUCCGGAACUCCAAUAUCAAAGUCUAGCCAUUCCCCCUGGAGGAACGCAUCUUCGUUGGUAUAGUCAUCAAUCAGCUUAGGAGAAUCGAGCUGGUUGUUG